AUGAUUAGAAGUUCGAGCUCUUCGCAGUUUGAAGAGAAGCUGGUGUUCAUGAGCUGUCUCAAGCGCCGUGCGGAAGACAGUGAUGCUUCCCCCAAAGCUGCAAAGAGGCUACGGAGCCGAUUGCGCAUCGAGGACGAGGACCGCGCCUUUGCAGACGGACACCUGCUCUUGGGCUUGCUCCAUCAGGAUGGAGAAACUGACGCUGUUGACGCGGCUGCGCAGCGUUCGGCUUCCUCCGCGCAGUGGCCGCGGGAGGUCUUUGUGUGGUUCUUCCUGGAUCGCGUCAACGAGGUCGAUACAGUGAAGCAGCGAUUUCAGAUCGAGCUCCUCUACUCCGCUCGCUGGAGGGAACUUUGCCUCGAUCACGUGCAGGGCAACAUCCAUCAGACCGACUGGGAUUCCACCAACUUUCAGUGGGAGCCAAAGCUGAAGUUCGUGAACGUGGUUUCUCAGGAGCCCACCCAAGACGACUGGUUCGAGGUGUCUAACGAGAACUUCGAGCGGAUCAGCCCUGAGCAGUACAUCCAGCAGAAGCCGGCAGAGGUGUGGAUUCGCCGCUUCACUCGGCUAAAGGCGACCUUCGCGGUGAAGAUGGACUUCAAGCCGUUCCCCUUUGACAUGCAGCUGUUGAACAUGACCCUGACUUUGCAGCACCCUGUGACCACGGCCCUGCUUCGUUUCUGCGACCGCGACAGCUGUGCAGACAUGAUGACAGAGACAACUCACCUGCAAGAGUUUGACUUCCAGUCCCCGCGCAUGAUCGCCUACGACCAGCCAGCCGCGCUCUCCUCCGGGGCGCUGCUCAUGAGCAAGCCGGAUUGGUCUCGCACCGGCACCCAGUAUUCCUGGCUGCAUAUCGCUCCCGUCAUCGUGCGUCAUGCGGCGCCCUACUUUUGGAGCAUCAUGUUCCCCCAGUGCAUGCUGGUGAGCUUGGCCUUCGUGGUCUUCUGCAUCGACCCAGAAAACUUCUCGGCUCGAAUCGAAAUUGAUUUGGCCAUCAUCCUGGCGACGAUCACCUUCCGCCUCACCAUUGCCGAUCUGCUGCCGAAGAUGGCCUACUUGACAGCCCUGGGAGCCUACUGCCAGCUGAGCUUGCUCUUCUUGGGAUUGGUGGUCUUCGAAAACUUUGCCGUGCACUUCUGGAAUUUCGACUCCCGGCGUGAGCUCCCACUCGUUGCAGUGCUGAUGCUUUCCUGGCUUUUGCUGAAUGUGGUCUGCAUCGUCAAUGCAACGACUUAC